AUGAAAGUCAGCCAGCUCUAUGUCUACCCGAUUAAAUCCCUCCGACCAACAACGAUCACGGAGGGAAUCCUAACCACACGCGGCUUUCAAUAUGACCGCCACUUUAUGCUCCUCAAAGUCAUUGCAUCCCAUGAUAGCUCUGGUGCCACGACCCUGAAGAAUAUGCAUGUCCCGCACUUCCCAGAGAUGGUCCUCUUCCACACCGACAUCGAAUAUCCGCAGACCGAAAAGGACAGCGGAAAAUUAAUCAUCACAUACCACCCUCCUCUAUCAGAGUCAACUCCGAAGCCCCUCAAAACCAACAGACUGGAAAUCCCACUCCAGCCCAACCCUAAAAGCCUCAAGCCCGUCAAGGUCGUAAUGCACCAGAGUCCAACGACAGGAUACAAUAUGGGCGCAGAGUACAAUGACUGGUUCAGUGCCUGUUUCGGGUACCCCGUGGUCCUAGCAUACCUUGGAUCAAAUUCAAGAGAGGUGCUGGGUACACUUGGGCCAGCAAAGCAAGACAAACAGCCCGCGCUCCGCACAAUACGCGAAAGUCUAACAAGACCAGACAGAAAAUGGGAGCAAGUCCUCCUGGUCCUCAUUGUAGCUUCUGGGAUUAAUAUCUUCCUUCGUGGCGGUACUCUAUUACGCGACGGGAUAGCCCCCCAGACAGCUCAAAAUCUCACGCCCGCCUUCCUUUUCACUACCAGUGUGGUAGUGUUGGCGCUGGUGCUAUUUUACCUUUACACUCUACACGCACAGAAAGAAGACCGUAUUACUUUUGCGGACUGCGCGCCUUAUCUCGUUAUCUCCGAGACAUCCGUUGAUAAUGUCUCAGCGCGACUGCCGGAGGGGGAAGAGAUGGACCGCACGAAGUUCCGACCUAACAUUGUUGUUUCGGGGGCAGGGGAGGCAUUUGAAGAGGACUUUUGGAGGGCGCUCACUGUAGACGCUGGAUUAGGGCGUGAGUCACCUAAGCUGUUGCUGACGGGGAAUUGUGUACGUUGUCAGAGCCUUAAUGUUGACUACGAGACUGGAAAGAUGGGGACUGGUGAGUCUGGUGCUGUGCUUAAGAAGUUGAUGAAGGAUCGCAGGGUAGAUCCUGGGGCGAAGUAUAGUCCUGUGUUUGGUAGGUAUGCUUUCUUAGAGCCGAAGGGCGAAGGGAUUAGUCUGAGGGUUGGGGAUGAGGUUACGGUUAUCGAGAAAGGAACUAGCAGAUCUAUUUUUGAUUGGCCUGGUCUGACGAAUUGA